UGGAAGUCACCUGAGGUUAUGUCUUUGUUUAUACACGUGUUAUCACGUGUACACGACGUUCUUGUAAAGUCUAAAAACUUUCUUUUGGCCGUUGAAACAUGGCAUUGAAAGGAAAACGAUUAAGUCUAGCAGAUAAAAUCAGCAGCCUGGUUUCAACUGCUCCGACAAGUUUCGAUUCAGAUGAUGAGUACGACGUCACGAAGGCCAAGCUGGUGGAGCGCGACGAAGAGGAAGAAAACUCCGACAUCGAGGUUAGAAAGUCAAACUUUCGCACACAGAACGUCGAUUUAUUAGACGAAGUAGACAAGAGAUACGAGGGAAAAAAGGUGAGCAGAAAAUCCCUGCAAAAAGAAGUCAGUCCUGCUUUCGAGUCGAGGGAAGAGGAGUCGGAGUUGGAAAAUGGGACUUCUGAUGAAAAUGACGACGCUGAAAUAUCAGAUUCCGAAGGUGAUAAUAGCGACGAAAGCGAAGAAGAGGUUGAAACAGAUUCUGACAAUGAACCGGAGCUUGAAACAGACGAUUCGAACCCUCUACGUAGGCGAGGUAAAAGUGAAGCGGCGUCCAACUUUAAACAUAUGUCAUUGACAGACUCUGGGGCUGAAAUUGAGAAAGGCAGGUGCGUUAGAAAUCAGCUAGGGAUUUGGGAAAAUCUGUUGGAAAUGAGGAUAAAGUUACAGAAGUGUCUGAUAUCCAGUAACAAAAUGCCACAGUAUGACACUCACAAGGAUCUUAGGGCGGACAAAACUUUUGUGAAAAGUACAAAUGAAUCUCAAAAGAAUUUGUCCAAACUUUUGGACAGUUUGCUCAACCUCCAGAGUUCGCUUUUAACGAAAUAUCCGGAGACGAAGCUUUUAGUAAAAAACAAAGAGGCGAGCAAUAACGCGAGUGGCAAAGAAGAGAUCAGAGAUGAUGACGAUGAAGAAAUUCCUUCCGAUACUGAGGAAGAAAACGAGGAUGAAGAAGAUGAGGAAGAGGGAGUCCCGAAGAAGAAAAGAAAGCUGAAAGAUUACGAGUCACUUUUAGCAAAGAAUCACAACUUGUAUACAAACUACAGGAAUUCUGUGAUACAAAAAUGGAAUGACAAGACUCGUAUCGCGGUCGGUAAUGUAAAUACAAAGGGAUCGACACAGCCGGUGGUUAAACAGAUUGAAUUUAUACUAAGCGACAAGUCAAAGCUGAGAAAGCGAACUCAGUUGAAAAGAUCGGAGUAUGAAAUUGUCGGUAAGCAAGGAAGCAACGAUGCGGCUCAGGAUGGCAGAAGAGAGCAAGAAUACGACGGUGAAAUUUAUGACGACGAUGAUUUCUAUCAUCAGCUUUUGCGGGAGUUAAUCGAAUUUAAAUCUGCCGACAUCACUGACCCGAUACAGCUCAGUAAACAAUGGAUACAGCUUCAAAAUAUGAGGAGUAAAAUGAAGAGAAAAAUUGAUACAAAAGCAACGAAGGGAAGGAGAAUUCGGUUCGGUGUUCAUUCUAAGCUUGUAAAUUUCAUGGCUCCCAUUACGGUCGAUGAUGAUUGGACCGACUUGGCUAAAAACGAAUUGUACAGUUCUCUGUUCGGUAAGAUAAAGGAAGUGGAACAGAAAUAGUAAAAAUGUAGAAGAAAUUUUCUAAAAAAUAUUUACUGAUGUAAAAUCUUUCUUGUGUACAUAACGUUUCAUGAAUUGUAAUAAUAAAUUCCU